AUGUCAGAUCUUUGUCAAAAUUGUAAACAUCGAUAACUCAAAUCCAAAUUGGCAGGUAAGAAAUUCUCAAUGCACAUCCUUAAUUAGAUCCGACAAUUACGUUCGCCACGUAAUAUUGAAACUCCAUUUAUAAAUGUGAUUGAAUACUUACAAAGAAUACAUAGAAAGAAAGAAGAAGACUAAGAUGAGGAGUAAGAUUCAGAAAAACUACAAUAAUACAGUCACAUUCCAACUCACAUCUCAAAGUAGAAAACUGAUGCCUACGUGGAAGAUGCAACAACCGCCACAUCCAGAUAAAUUCAAUUUCCAGUUUCCAUGUUUAUUUCAAGAGGAGCUUCAGCUACCAAAAUUAAAAGCAGUGCAUUCUACAAGAUGAGACAAACAAGUUAAAGUUCUAGAGACAACAAAAGAAAACGGAAUAUUGAAAUCGGACCAAUGUUUAAUUAAGUCUCUAAGUAUGUCCAACCAAUGAGACCAUAAACUGUGAGAAGUUUUAAUUCAAAAAUGGAUGAUAUUUUCAGAUCAACACAAAAUACUACGAGACAAGAAGUGAUUAGACAGAGUAAGUCAGAAAUGAACCUUAGAUUGCCUGUCUCUAAUAAAUUAAGCGAAGUCUAAUCCCUAAUGAGAAGAGAGUGA